AUGUCCAGCGAAAGUAUAGCCAUAGAAAAACUGAAAAAGGAUGGAAGAGAUUUCACCCACCGGGUUACGAGUAGGAUAAUCAUGAAGCCAGCAUGCGUAAUAGUCCACACUGGAUACGUAAAGUAG